AUUCUGAAUAAUUUUUGACUUUAUAAUUACAUAGAUUACAGUGUCAGUCGUGAUAACUUAAAUAGUAAUAUAUUAUAACUACAGAUUAUUUAUAAAUGGAAACUUCCUGCUUCGAGAUUACAAUUUAACGCUAGUUUUGAAGAUUCAACAUCAAAAACAAUGUUUAACGAACACGUGAAAUUAGAACCCAGAUCAAAAGAAGUCUUUAAUAUUGAAAAAAUACCAAUGUGUAGCACUGGUGUUCAAGUAAAUUGAUACAUAAUACUUUAUUUUUACUUUUAACCAUAGAGAUAAUUAUUAGGCUAUUAAUGAAACUAUAGCCAGAUCAAUGCAAACUGUACCGAAAAUAAGCAACAACAAGUGUAUACAAUCGGUAGCUGUAAAUGAAGAAAUGUUUCAACCAAAACCACUGACUAAGUCCAACAAAUACAUCGAAGCAUUUUUGAAUACCCACGUACCCUACCUGUUAACUCAAUUACGUUACAAUGAAACAUACGACUUGUGCCGAAAUGAUUACAAAUUAUUACAAGCUAAAUCAAAGAAAUCAAUUAAGCAAAGAUCGACCACUUUAAAUCCACAAACGGGUUAUCGAAAUGCAACUAAGUCGCGCUACGUUUCAUGUUAUUCAUGGCACCCUACAAUACCAGGUGUUUAUGCAGUAUGCUAUAUGAGUAAUAGUAAUGCGUAUCAAACUGUUAACUUUAAUGAACAAGAUGAAAUAAUUAUUAAACCCGAAGAAAGAACUGAUCAAUAUGGUGUACAAUACAGUGAUGAUGAAAAUGACAGUAAGUCGUGGAGGGAACGUCCUGAAUCAUUCAAACUUACUGAAGAUAAUUAUGAAUCGAAAAUGAUGGUAUUAUUAAAUAAAGAAUAUGUUCAGAGAAUGCGGAUGCUGCAAAUGGCUGAAUACGAAAACUAUACCGAAGAACCCGUUUUGGAUGAACUGCGCAAACCAUUCGUUUACAUUCAAUAUAAAGGCCAACAUUCCACACAAUCUGAAAUACCAAAAAAAAUCCGAAAAUCUAUUAAACGAUCUGAAACUACAAAAAAUUCAUACGCGUCUGAAAAUUGGCAAGAUGAAGAAGCUAAUGAAAAUAUAGGCCUAGAAGAAACUUUAAGUGAAGAACUUCAAAAUUUAAGCAUAAAUAAAGAUCAGUGGAAUGAAUACACAAAAGAUAUUGAAGACGAAUUUGAACUAGACGAAUACAACUUGGAUCAUUCGAUUAUAGAAUGUCAAUCAGUGUCAGACAAACUUACCGAUAGUAACGAUCGACUUAAAAUAUAUGAUGAUGAUGAUUUGGACGAUAAGGAUGAAGUAGAUGUACAUGAUUCAGAUACUGAUAGUUUUUUUAAUAUUUGGGGCGAUGAUUCCGAAUGGAUUUAUGGAAAUAACUUAAGAAAAACUGUUAGAAAAAUGCAUAGAUACUUUAACAAUAAAUAUGACCUCAAAGAUAAAGAAGAAAAAUUAUAUAAGUUAUUGAUAUCUGAACCUAAGUACACCAAUAGAAACUCUAAAAUUGAAGCUAUAGACGAAGAAAAUUUUAAAUUAGCAAGUGAUAUGCUAAAAGCGGGAGACUUAUAUCGAAAAUACAAGAAGCAGCAAAACUCGACAACUAAAAGAAAAAGAAAAAAAUCUCCGGCAAGGCAAAAAGGCGACUAUAAACUUAUUUUAAAUGACGAUGAAUUAAAAGAUAACCGAGAAGAAAAUCCUUUAGCAAAAGAACAAAACAAUCCAGUGGUAAUCUGGUCAAUUGCUGAUAAUAUUUUUCCAAAGGUUUUAAAAUUUACUACACUAAUUAUAAAUCUAAAAAUAUUUACUUUAAUUUUGAUAUUUAAGUUAAGAUUAGAUAGCCCUGAAGAAGUAUGCUGUAUUCAGUUCAAUCCAAAACAUGGUAACAUAAUAGUAGGAGGAUUGAUAAAUGGGCAGAUAAUUGUGUGGGACAUAACCGGAAAAUUGGAAGAGGUUAACUCACAAGACGCGGCUAUGUCAGAAAGAGAAAAAUCACAUCGAAAACACUUAUGGUCACACAUGAAUUGGUAUUUAAACGUCAAUUAUAAUACAAGAAUUAGAUCAGCCGCAUUGAGUUCUAUCAUAGAAUCACAUACUUCAAAAGUAACUUCACUUCAAUGGCUUCAUCCAAUGACAGAGGUAACACGGUUAGGUAAACUUGUCAAUACACCUAAAGAUAAAUUUUCCGAUCAAUUUUUUUCCUCUUCUAUGGAUGGUACAAUAAAACUAUGGGAUUUACACUCGACUCCUGUAUCAAAAUCAAAAAAGCCAGUUAAUGCUCCAAAACCUCGUUUUGGUCACCCUGACAAUUUGAAUAAAUACAAGUCUCCCUUCAUUAUUUAUAACAAUCGUUUGGAACCAUCGUAUUCGAUAAAAGUAAUAGAACCUAUGAAAAGUAUUUUUUCACCAAUAACAGCAUUUUCUUUUGAAAUACCAAUUAUUAAAUACGAUUUCAUUUCUGAUUUGCCAUUGACCAUAGGAAAAAAACAGUACGAAUAUGUGGAAACAUCAUUGCAACAAGAAGCCAAUAAACUCAUGGUAGUUGGGAGUAUGAUGGGUCAAGUUGGGGUUAUUACAUGGGAAGGUCACGAAACUUAUCAUCAAGACUAUAAAAAAGAGGACUGCAAAAGUAUUUGGUGGAAUUAUGUACAUGAUGGGCCUAUUAGUUGUAUAAGGAGAAACCCAUUUUUCUCAAAUAUUCAUGUAAUCUGUGGAGGUCAUAUUGUAUCUAUAUGGGAUAUAAAUUACAGAAUUGGACCUAUUUGGUGGAAACGUUUUAAAGAAUUUACUACAAGUUGUUUAUGGUCAAGAGUACAUCCCGGAGAAUUUCGAAUAGCAUUUGAGACCGGCGUUGUUGAAUUUUGGGAUUUUAUGAUGCAUGCCCAUAAACCAUAUUUAGUGUCAGAAAUUCUAAGUUAUGGUGCCAUAACUACGCUAUCUGCACCAAACCCAUUGGUUCAUUAUACUUCGAAAAAUUUUAAAUUUUCAAAAGAUAUAAACGAGCUUGUUGAUUUUAACAAAAAUGAAGUUAUUUGUUUUGCGGAUUCAUUUGGUGCAUUACAGCUAUAUAGUAUGGAAGUAGGAGAAAAUGAUCCAAAUGAAAUUGACGAGGUUGAUGCUCUAUUCAAAAAAGAAAUCGAAAGAAAAAAAGAACUAAAUAAUUGGAAUGAAAAAUAUAAAGAAAUAUUUGGAAUAUUAGGAGAAAACAACGUGGAUGAAUUUCAGUCUGUAGAAACGCAAAUGUCUUCAACAUUAGAACCAAUUGAAGAAAAAUCGGAAACAGUUACUUCAGAACAAAAUAAAAGAAAAAUUUGCAAUGAAGCUUUCACGUACAUAACUUUUUUUUUUUUUUUGAUAAGUCGUAUUAUAAAAUUAAAAUCUUUUUUUGGUUAUAGAUGGUAUUUAAAUCGAAGGGGGCCAUUGACACAUCUAAGUAAAAUGAAUAAAUUGUAUAUAGAACGAGAACGACGUCAUAUGUUAGAUGUUAUGAUGGCUAAAAAAAAUAUUAAUGAAACUCAACUCGAAGAAUUUAUCAAUCCAAUUUUAAAAGAAACUGAAAGAAAAAAACAUAUUAAAGAAGACAUGGAAAAAAUGAGAUUAAAGGCUGACAAAGCAUUUAGAGAUAUUGUUAAUAAGUUACUUCCACCAGAUCCAAAUUUAGAAUUUAAUUUCGAAAAUACACUUCCAACUAAUGACGAAUCAACGAGAAAGAAUAAUUUGUUUGAACACUUUCGGCGACUUAUAGUAACAGAUUACCAUGUCCUAAAAGAAAAAUGGAAUGAGUUUAUCUCAAACAAUCCGUUUAAAAUUGAACAAGAAAAUUGGACUAGAAUAAUUGAUAAUGCGGAAAGAGAUGUUAAAGAAAUGAUUAGGCUCAAUGAUUACUCUUCUUUAGAAAAUUUAGAAAUUAGGGAUAUGAGAAAAAAACUAGUAAAAAUAAAUAAAAAUAAUCUAAAUAUGCUUGAUAUAAAAGAUAUAAAAAAUCACAUUGAAAAACAACAGGAAGAGCGGAGAAUUAAAAAUAGAGAAGCUAAAAUAAAACAACUUAAAUCUAUUUACCACAAUCGUUUUGACUAUAUAGGAAAAACAAAUUUAUUGGCCUCCUCCCAAAUUUGCGAAGAUUACUUUGAUGGAGUAGAAAUAGGAGAAUAUGAAGGAGAAACAGAAGAUAUAUACGGAGAGUUAAAUGAUUUUAUAAGUUCUCAAAGUACAAUAUCAAGUCGAGAUAAUUCAAAAAAUCUUGACUUUUUAACUAUUCCAACAAAGAAUAAGCAUAGUAAGGACUCCAAUUCAUUGUUUACUCAUGAAUUUGAUAACGAAUAUGGUACAUUCGGCGAAAUGGAUGAGCAACUUGUGUUUGAUGAACAAGCUGAAGCAGAACAAAUUAAUAAUGGUGACAUUGCUUCGAUAUCUAUACCAUCUUUAAACUAUGAAACUAUUAACGAAGAGCUUUUAAAAUAAAAUACAUAAAAGGAGGGGUAGUGAUAUUAAAACACAUAUUUAUUUAGUGGUUAGAUUCAAAAAUAAUUAUUUUAUAAAAUGUUCGCAUAAUAUUGUAGA